CAACGGUCCAUUUUGCCGAGGAACACGCGGUGUUUCACGUUCAGAGAUCUUUUCGCCAUUACCGCACUAGAAUUUCUAGUUAAUGUGUAUAACAGAAUCCAGUCACAAGGCCUCGCUUUAUUAAAAGCAUUGUCGAAGAAUACGAAACUAGAAGUAACAGGCAACGAUCGUGACUACAGCUUCUAUAAUGGAUUCGCCACUGCGUCGAAGCACAAGACUUAAACAGUCUGCCGAUGGAUCUCCCGAGUCAGUAAACGAACUCAGUAAUUCGCAAGGAGUUAGGCUAACUCGAUGUCGUGCAGCUACCAUGGAAGGCAAGAGUUUGGACAUGGCCCGAGUCUUACGAUCGACGAAAACUUCAACUUCAUCUGAUAUAAGCGAAACUCCUGAGUUUGAAAAUAGCCAAGAGACGAGUAAACGUGUUACGAGAAAAAAUACCUCGUCGAUCCCUUCGACGCCCAAAGCAACCAGAAAACCACGUGGGUCAAGGGCUGGUUCCGAGACAAAGUCGACACCGCCGGUUGCUCGAAUCACACGAAAAACACGAGCUAUUUCCAUGGACUUAGAGUCCACAAAUCCAUCCAAUUCAGAGCCGCUACAAUCUACAAUGGUACCAGAUGCAGGCAUCAGAAUUCGGAGACAGGCAUCCAUUUUACCAUCGGAACCAGCAGUGACCGAGGAAGUCGAGACCAAUGCUACUUUUUCUAAAAGACUUGACAGAUCUGUGAUUGAAAUUGAUGAAUUAGGAUACUACUAA